UGAAUGUCAUUUUCUAACAUAGUUUUCUCUUGUUCCAGCUGCACAUCGAGAUACGUCGGCGAGUUCUGCCAGCACCUGAACCCGUGCCAUACGGGCCCGGGCCCGCGCUGCCAGAACGGCGGUUCGUGCGUCGUUCGUGAAACUGGUUCGUCGACGUUCGCGUUCGAAUGCCAUUGUCCGCUCGGGUUCGGCGCAUCGCUAUGCGAGAUCCCCGUCGCGAAUUCGUGCGAUCGAAAGCCGUGCUUGAAUGGGGGCACGUGCUCGCUCAGGUCGUUGGAGAGCUACCAGUGUUCCUGUGCUCCAGGGUUUACCGGUAAACACUGCGAGCGUGAGGACCACUGCGCGUCAGGACCUUGCCGAAACGGAGCGGAGUGUAUAUCGUUGGGCGACGGCUACGAAUGCAGGUGCGCCCCCGGUUUUCAGGGGCCUGCCUGCACGGACGACAAGGACGAGUGUCGGCAGGUCCCCUGUGUGCACGGCAAAUGCCAUAACACCCACGGCAGCUAUGCGUAAGUACACAAUUUGUAUGUUCUUAUCCC